AUGGAGAUCAUUACUGUCACACCCGAGAUUGUGAAUAGCUGGGAUCCUAUUUGGAGGAGGAAGUCCCUAGAAUUUGAUGACAUGCUUAUCAGACAUCUUGAGACUCGACAGCUUGCGGGGACAAUGUUCCAAAUUAUUGACGACUUGAGUGAGGAUGACAUCCGCCAACAUUAUGGUGAUGAUCUCGCAACACUUGUUCGGCACUCAUGCACUCGAAAUGACGGUACAACUUGGUUCAGCAACCCAAUCAGUUUUAUGCUCGCUGUAUGGUGUAAGGGAUUUAACUCAGGUUUUGGCUCAAAUCCCGGAAACAGUCCAGGUGGUUUUAGUGCACAAGGUAGAAAUCCGGGGUGGUCUCCUAGUCCAGAAGGAAAUGCAGGUGGAGGCUAUGGAAGAAGCAACAGUGGUGGUCCAGGCAAUAGUCCAGGAGGCUUCAACAAUCUGGGAAGCAAUAGUGGUGGUUCAGGAAGUAGUCCAGGAGGAUUUAACAAUCCAAGCCAGGGAGGUUUUAGCAAUCCUUCCUCAGGUGCCGGAGGUGGAGGUUUUAAUCCGGCGAGCAGAUAUAAUACUGGGAACAACAAUGGAUACAACCCAGGUGGAGGAAGCAAUCCUGGAGGCUACAAUCCAGCACAGCAGCAGCCGCAGCAGCAACAACAACAACAGGGCCCUCCUGGAAAUCCAUAA